AUGAGUAUUCGACGGAAGAGUACACUUUCCCCGGCUUCACGUCCUUCAGCAAUUUCAAUUUAUUCAGCAACAUUAGAUUUGAACGAUGAAUAUACUGCUGAUGGAUUCUCCCGAUAUUGUCCCAUCUUUCGUAUUCAUAAAGCGGACGUCUAUCACGUUCUUGAGAGGCAAGAGGGCAGACGUACACUCAUCUAUCACUUAUUUGUCUUUGCUUUAACAUUAAUAUCCCUGGUUUUUGGUUCAAUCUCAACCAUUGUCGAAUGGCGAACAAAAUUAAGCACACCGUUGUACUAUGGUGAACUGUUUCUUUGCAUAUUCUUCACCUACGAACUUGUAUUACGCAUAUGGGCAGCAGGUUGUCUCGCUAUGUAUAGAACAUGGGUGGGUCGUUUGGUAUUUGUCACUCAACCAGUAAUUGUGCUCGAUAUAUUGACACUUUGUGGUUUCGGAUACUUGUUGGCCACUGGUUUAACAACAGGUGAAUUUUCUCGCUUUGCAUUAGAUUACUUGCCACCAUUACAGAUGAUUCGCUUCUUACGUGUUGAUCGUCAAUUGACGUCGUGGCGAAUCCUAAAGGAAAUCUGUUUAAAACAUCGUCAAGAACUAACGGUUACCAUUGUUAUCGGUUUCAUGUUUCUGAUCAUCGGCGCCUAUCUUGUGUUCAUCUCUGAAAAGCCAAUGGAUGCUAGUUCAUACACAGGAGGAUAUAAGUCCAUGGCCGAUUCCAUGUGGUUCUCAAUCAUAACAAUGACAACUAUUGGAUUCGGUGAUAUCUAUCCCACAACUUUCAUUGCUAAAAUGAUAACAACAACAAUUUGCUAUCUCGGUGUUGCAUUUUGGUGUCUACCAGCGGGUAUAAUUGGCAGUGGUUUGGCGAUCAAAGUACAGGAGCAAAAGCGUGAUGAAGCAUUGAACCGUCUCGUACCAGCUGCUGCAAGUCUUAUACGGAAUUGGUGGCGAUUUCGAUGUGCUCAGCAAGGUGAUCGUUUUGUUGCCACAUGGAAAAUCUACACAUUAAUGCAACGACGUGUCAAUGAACUCAUACCACCAAGCUCCGCACCACCAUUCCAUCGAUACACAUCUAGUCAAACACGCGAAAAGAACCCAUUCCGAACUAAUCCACUAACAACACCGAUUCCAAGUCAAAUUCGUCGAAAAUCAAUCACGUCGAUCGAAGAUCUACCAAAACGUUAUGUAACAGCAAUAAAAAUCCUUCGAUUGCUCAAGUAUUCUUCCGCACGCAAGAAGUUUCAACAAGCCAAACAGCCCAUUGACCUGAAAGAAGUGGUCACUGAAAACACUCAAAUGAAUAAUCGUCUAUCAAUCAUGCUCAACGAUAUUCACCGACGUCUCGACUUGACUUUGGGCACCACUAAGCCCGCCUCAUAUCUCCCCGACGAACAAAAACGUCAAUUAAGUUUAAGUGCACGGAUUGAAACCAUCGAACAACUAACCAACAGAUUCGAAUCAAAAUUAGAUUAUCUAGAACAACUAGCGUUAACUUUGAAAGCGCCAUUCAGUUUCUCAUUGACAAUACUUGAAAUGAUCACUAACGAUGAUGAAUUAAUGGAAAAACGUCUUGAACUAAGACAAAAACUGAAAAGUCAGUUAUUAACCUUGCCAUCAUCGUCUCACGUUUUCAAUUCAUUGAAUACUUUCAUACCAAACUCAAGAGAUCUCGACUUUCUCGAACAUCAAGGUCUAGACUGUGUUAUAAAUUAUCUGAGAAACAAUAUCCAUCCGACAGAAUUGACUCAACAAAUGCCGCAAAUUUGUUUCAACUGUGGUAUAGACUCAACGGUCAAUUGGUGGUAUUCACUUGUCGACAAUGGGCAGAUGAUUUGUCUAUGUGAUCAUUGUGAACAAAUUCGAAUGAGAAAUUUUAUUAGAGAACAGCACCGUCAGUCGAUGAAGUCUGCAUUUUUACAAGCGAAAGAACGCGAACGUCAUUUGGAAAUAAAUUAUCACCAACGAAAGAAUCUAUAA